GUAAUAUAAUGAUAUCUAUGCUCUUAUCAUACAUGCAAGAAUGUUCGACACUGAAAUAAACUGUGAGUCAAAGCCAACUUAUUUUCUUGAUGUUGACAUCACGACAAAAUCACGUGAUUGUGUUUAACGCUGUAAUAAAUGUUUCAUGAAUUUGCACCUUUAUUUCCGGGCUUAUUAUUAGGUUCCAUUGGUAGUUACAAAAAUUUACUUUAGGAUCGAUGGUCUUUAAUAGUAUUUUGUCGAUGACUUAGUGCUCGAUCCAAUCCGGUUCGCUGUUGAUUACGUUGAUAUUAGUGCUUGUAAAUUACUAUAGGCACACUUGAAGAUGUGCAACACGAUGCGAGUCAUGCACACAUUGUAUCGAGUCGUUAAUUAAACGUGUGUUGUGUGCAUCACUGCGCACUUCCGUGGUGAUCAUCGUGAUAUUGCGUUCCAUUUUUUGGUUUAACUACAUUUCGAUUAUGAUUUAUUAUUUGUUUUGCCGGAAUACACUGGCCAAUGAAUUUGCGUGAUGGAUUGAUUCUAUAUUUUAAGCUGCUUCAACUACGACGAUUGGUGUUAAUUAUUGGGACAACAGCAUCAGUAGCAAUGUCCCUCAAUCUGGUUUAGAAAGGUUUUACUUUCCCACUCGAGUGAUCCGCCAUUAGCAUAAACGCGUGCAAAGUAGACAUCCGGGAAGUGUGACCCCGAGGACCCAACGAUCGAAUCUACACAUAUCUUUUUAUCGUCCGAUAUUUUAUUCAAAAACAAGGAAUCGAUAUGGAUGAUCGAAUUUAUAUAGACAAGGAGACCGGCGAGGAUCUGAUUCAUCCAUUUGUCGAUUGUGAUAUGCGUUAUUCGACCGACACGAUGGCGAUGAAUGACGCGGAGACCGGGGAACCGGAAGUCAGCCUCAUAGAUCACAGAAUGGCCAGAGAUCAUCUUAGGAAAGUGCCAUUUCAGAUACCGAAAGAAGUGAAGGAAAAAUCCUCGAAAAAACGUCGUUUAACAGAGUUAGAGCCGGUUCCAGCGGGUGCCUCCUUUGGCCAGAUAAAUCCCAUUUGUUUGUUCUUACCGGCCAUCAUCUAUUUCCGCUGGUUCCUCGCCUUAUUGAUGCUCUUUGAGGUCAUUCUGCAUGUGUGGGCACAUCACAAGAACAAGAGCCUGAAGAAUGCCAACGUAUACUUUCGUUCACCGUUUCACGACAUCUCUGCCGAAUUCUGCGCUCUCUGCCAAAAUGAGACCUGCAUGAAUCGUGUCGGGAAAAUGCAUCAGAUUCGGAUGCACAAAUUUUUACGGCAAUGCAACUACAUGAAGAGAAUAGUAACGUGAAUUUGAAAUGAGCGUAUCUAGCUGUAUUUUCAGCGUCACGGUUUUUUCAUAUGAUGACUAUAUGAUCGCAAUUAAAUUCUACGACCUUUAAAGUUGGUCUAUAAAAUAAUUGUUAUAUUUCGUACACAUACAAAUUUCAAAUAUAUAUAU